CAUGGUGUUCUGUAGACAUCGUCAUACACUAACAUAUGUUCUUUCCAUGUUUACAACUCUUGUGUAGACAGAUACUUAUAACAUCAACAAUUACAGUCAACUAAAAGCAAAUACAGAUGACGUCCUAAACUGGUGACAACUGGGGUUGGUAAAGUAUAAUCAUUCAACACCAAAGCAAGAUAAGUUUGAGUUUGAUUUCGUUUACAUAAAUUACAAUAUUCUGUAAACUUCCUCAUUCAAUAAUAUAUGGUCUAUCCAUGUAUACAACGUUUCUGCAGAAAGCUGGACUUAUAAAUCAACAAUUACAGUCAAAUAAAAGGAAACACUGAUGACAUCUUACUCGGUUGCCGGACAGGACAGAAACAAAUGGGGACAGAGUUAAAUACGGAUCAUCAGACACAGAGUCCAUCCUACUGACAAUGGUUUGAGUGAUGAAAGACAUCUUGUAACGAUGGGCAGUAGGCUUGAAUUGACCAGUGGCGAUACUCAAACCAAAGUUCUCGACAGUUCUCCAUUGACCGGUCACGACCUUGUUUUCAAAACGACUGAUCAAGUCCUUCUUGACAGAAGCGUGAAUCUUCGUCCCCUGGUAAAAGAAGUUAUAAGGUACAUUGUAGUUGCAUUACAAAAAAAUAAAAUUAGAGGUGAAUGAUGGAAGACAGCAAUAUUUAAACUUACUUGGACAUCUGAGAGCACCAUAUCGAAAGUUUCACCAAAUCUUGUUGAGUAGGUCUUCCAUGAAUGAAGAACCCUUACUUGGACCUUCCAAGAAGUCUUGUAAGGCUUAACGUCGCGAAGAAAAACCAAGGAGCAGUAGACGUAUGUGAUCAAAAGGAGUAGACGACUUGAUAAGCUCUUAAUUACCCGAUGCAACCCUACAACACAUCCUCUCCUUUAUUCCGACCAAGUUCGCCAUCAGAACUUCCGUCUUGUCGAAACGAUGGAGGCACGUAUACACCAAAUAUAUACGAUGAUGGUGAUUCCCAGAUGCUCGGUGGUGUCUUGGACAUCUCUGAAGAAGUUGUACCUGGGUGAUUGUGCUCUCUCUGAUGAAUCCAUGGCUGCGAUUCUAUCUGGUUGUCCGGUUCUCGAGUGCUUAACAUUGGAUACGUGUGGUGAACUGAAGGUUCUUGAUCUCAGCAAAUCAUUGUGUUUGAGAACACUAGAUAUAUACCCCUACAGUUGGGUUCCGGGGCCAACACAGAUUCUGGCACCGCAUGUACAUAAUCUCAUAUUGGUAAUAAACUCACAGUUAGCAUGUACUUCUUUUGAUGUCUCGUACUUAGCCGAAGCUAGGCUGGAGAUUUGCAUUUUCGUAUUGAACAACGUCGAGGCUGGUUUCCUUCAAGACGUAGUGCUAAAGAUGCUAGAAAAGUUGCAGAAUGUAGAGAAGCUUACUCUUGGGGGAAACUUUCUUCAUAUUUUAUCUUUGGCCGAGGUUCGUAGUGUUCCCUUUCCUAAGUUGAAGGUGAAAGAUUUGACUCUCAAGACACUUAUCUUUCAAUAUGUUAUUCCUAGUAUAGAAAGACUGUUGCAAAACUCACCUGAUUUAAAGAAGCUAACAGUACGCGUAAAGAGCUCCAACUACAUACGGGACUAUGCUCUAGACGACUACUUGGAGUUGCAAGGCUUUAACCCGGAUCAAUGUUGGAGGUCAAAAGAUGGGGUCUCUUUUAACAAGGUCGGUUGCUCUAUCGAGCCAAAGCACGUGACUUCACUGUUGGAACUCGUGCUUAAAAACACAAAGACAUUAGACAAUAUAGCCGUAAUAUUUGAUGAACGUUACCCUUCGUUUAAGUUAGAAGAGGUGGUCGUUCCAACACUUUCCCACAAGAACGUCUCCAUUGCGCUCCUAUAUAAUCAAACCGAUCCCUGACAUCAGAUGAUGAGUGGUGAGUCAUAUAUAGGUUCGUUCCGAAUCUUCUUGAAUAUUUGUUUUUCUUUGAUAAUGGGUACUGUAAUACUUUAUUUAAUAUUACUGAAUAUUUUACAUCGAACCUCAUAUAUAGUAGAAGAAGACAUUUCGUUAUUUGUAAAACAAGUUAGGAUAUAAUGUAAAAUUCUUCUUAUAUAUUCUCUCAACCCUAAGUUUUCAUUGCCAUUGAAUGAUGGGUUUAU